GAAACAUCUUCUCGACGAAGCUACCGUCACCAAAUCUCCCUACUAUUCUUGGAUACAAGGUUUUCUGGUACAUGAACCAGGAGCUGAGCAUGCAGAAUAGAUGUUAGGCAGGGAGACAACCGCCCUUCAAAAGUUUUUGCUUAGCACCAUGCCGGAAGGAUUGACGAAUGAUGACUUGAACGGCCAUCGAUUCAGGAGCUGUCUCUCCUAACUUGAACGUGCCUUCUUCGCACGCUUCUAGCACUGGAGACGAUAAAAAAGACGUCUAUGUGAUGGAGCACUAUGCACCUAAAUAUAACCCAGAAAGGUGGAACAAAUACGAGCUGAUCCGAACGAAUAACAACUGCUACAACUACGCAAACCAAAAAAUUACCAACGGCUGCAGCCAAGACCAUUGA